AUGGAUGUCGCAACGAUUGAGGAAACCAAUCGCAUCAGGGUGUCCCUGGGCAUGAAGCCCUUGCCUGUCCCGGGUGCCGCCGUACAAUCCAAUCCAUCCUCAACAUCCAAGAGCGAAGAGGCAGCGAGCACGCUUGAGAGCCGACAAGCUGAGUCGUACGAAAACUACAAGAGGCAUCAAGAGGCGACAGCUGCAAAGAAAAAGCGUGAGGAUAGGGCUGCCGCCAUUCGAAAGGCUCGCGAUGAAGCUCAACGCUUAGCAGUCAUGGAAGGCAAGGGCCUCGGUGAGGAGGAUGGCAAGGGCGAUGUCGAUGCCAAGUCAUGGUUGAUGGGUCAGAAGAAACGGCAAAGGAAGAUUGACAAGGCGAGAAAACUAGACGCCGAACUUGCUGCAGCCGAAGCUCAGGCAGCUGCCGCUGUUCAGUACACCUCCAAAGAUCUCGCUGGCAUCAAAGUUGCGCACGAUACGUCGGAGUUUCUCGGUGGCGAAGACCAGGUUCUCACGCUGAAAGACACUACGAUCGAAGAGAAUGAGGAAGAAGGCGACGAGCUCGAGAAUCUGGGCAUGCGUGAGCAGGAAAGGCUGGGCGAGAGGCUCGACUUGAAGAAGAGACGGCGGGGAUACGACCCUAAUGACGAUGAGGAAGGCCAAGGCGGAAUCCUGGCCCAGUACGAUGAUGAGAUCUACGGGAAGAAAAGCAAGGCAUUCACGCUCGACGGAAGCGGCACAAUUGCAGAGCUCGCCGAUAUUCUUAGCGAGCCUGCGCCAAGAACAGGGAAAGCCACCGUCAGCCUUGAUGACGUUAUUGGCGAUGUGCCCAUGUCUUCCGACUACCUCGCCCCGUCAGAAAUCAAAGUAAAGAAACCCAAGAAGAGGAAAUCCAAGGUGACGAGGAAAAGACAACACGACGAUGACGAUAUAUUCCCUCUCGAGGUCCAAUUAGACAGCAACGCCAUGGACGUGGACAGCAAAGAGAACACCAGCAAGAAGAGAAACCUCGAAUCGGAUACAUUUGUAGACGAUGACGAUCUUCAGGCGUCACUAGCACUUCAAAGAAAGAGCGCGUUGAAAAAGAAAAAGAAGGCCAGGCCGGAGGACAUUGCAAAGCAGCUCAAAGACGAAGAUGGUGAUGACACAGAGCAGCAAGCAGACGGCACCAGCGAAACCACCGGCCUAGUAAUCGGAGAAAUUUCAGAAUUCGUGUCUGGCUUAAGCAAACGGGACGACGACGAAGAGAGGAAACCAAGACGCCACAAAUCUACAACCCAAAGUCCGGGUUUGCCAGAAGACCACCCCAUGGAAAACGGCCAAGACGAGCAACGCCCGGCAAUCAAGGAAGAAUCCGUAUCACCCCAAGCACAGGAAGAGGAAGUGGGCGUCGAGAAGGAAAAGGCCAUUGGCGCCGGCAUGGGUGCAGCCCUUUCCCUCCUUCGCGAACGCGGCCUUAUCGAAGAAUCCCGCGCCGCCGACUACGAGGCCUUCCGGGCCCGAGAAGACUUCCUUUCGCGCAAACGCCUCCUCGAGGAAGAGCUCGACGAGCAAACCCGGCAGCAGCGCGAGCGCGACCGUGCCUCAGGACGCCUGGACCGCAUGACAGUCCGCGAGCGCGAAGACUGGGCCCGCCAGCAAAACACGUGGCGAGACCAACAGCAGUCCCGGCGCAUAGCAGAGCUCUUUUCCCAAACCUACAAGCCCAACGUCGAGCUCAGGUACACGGACGAGCACGGCCGGGCGCUCGACCAAAAGGAGGCCUUCAAGCACCUGAGCCACCAGUUCCACGGCAAGGGCAGUGGCAAGGGAAAGACUGAGAAACGCCUCAAAAAGAUUGAAGACGAGAAGAGAAGAGAGGCCCUGAGUCUGUUUGACGCAGGCAGGGACGGCGGCAUGAGCGCCGCCACGGCGCAACAGUUGAAGAAGCGGCGGGAAGCGGGCGUACGUCUUGGUUAA